AUCUCUAGAAAACCGCGCAGGAGCCCGAAAACAAAGAGUGCGCACGCGCGGCGGCAGGGCCCGGGCAUUUUGCUGCGUCACCAGCCGCCGCCCGGCCUCACCACCCCUCGCUCGCUCGCACGCACGCACGUUCAUUCUCCGUCCUCGCGCCCCUUUUCCUACACUUUCCUCUUCUCCCCGACCGGAGGAGCCGCUCUUUCCGCGCAGUGCAUUCUGGGGACCCAGGUCGAGCCCGCCGUCGCCUGAGGGAAGCGAGAAGAGGCCGCGACCGGGAAGAAAACGCCGAGUCGCCACCGGAGAAGAGCCGACUGCCCAGCAGCUGCCGCCGGAGAGGCCCGCCCACCCGCUCGCCCGUCCCCCUGCCCCGUUCACGAUGCAGCCUGCUUCUGCAAAGUGGUACGAUCGAAGGGACUACGUCUUCAUUGAAUUUUGUGUUGAAGACAGUAAAGAUGUUAAUGUAAAUUUUGAAAAAUCCAAACUUACGUUCAGUUGUCUUGGAGGAAGUGAUAAUUUUAAACAUUUAAAUGAAAUUGAUCUUUUUCACUGUAUUGAUCCAAAUGAUUCCAAGCAUAAAAGAACGGACAGAUCAAUUUUAUGUUGUUUACGAAAAGGCGAGUCUGGCCAGUCAUGGCCACGGUUAACAAAAGAAAGGGCAAAGCUUAAUUGGCUUAGUGUGGACUUCAAUAAUUGGAAAGACUGGGAAGAUGAUUCAGAUGAAGACAUGUCUAAUUUUGAUCGUUUCUCUGAGAUGAUGAACAACAUGGGUGGUGAUGAGGAUGUAGAUUUACCAGAAGUAGAUGGAGCAGAUGAUGAUUCACAAGACAGUGAUGAUGAAAAAAUGCCAGAUCUGGAGUAAAGAAGGUUGUCGUCAUCGGAUUUUGAGAAAAGAAAAGUAACUUCUCUGCAAGAUUUCAUAAUUGAGAGAAUUCCUGAGUCGAUAGCUCUAAAGGCAGAUGCUGUAUUUGCCUCCUUUAACCCAUUUUUCAACCUGUUUGUUUUUUUUAAAGGCUUCACUAAGGGUUGAUACGUACCAUUGUAUGGGGCAGUUUUAAGUCAGCUAAGGCAAUAACCUUAUGCAUGAACUUUUCCCAAACUUCCAUGAUGCUGUUGAGGUCCUAGGCAAUUGACACAGCAGUUGUGAUAAAUAAAAACAUUUCACCUCAGUCUCCUUUACUUCAUAACAUAGAUACUGACAUGAUAGGAAGCUCUUGGCUUAGAAGAAAGAUAACUAAAUUUUAGAUUUUAGAAAAUGGACUCAAAAGUGGCUGAUGAAACAAAUUGGUUGAUACCUUAAUCUUGGUAACUUGUCCUCUGGUAUAUCCUCCAGGAUUAUUCCACUAAAGUUUUUAUUUUUCAAAGAAUUUACUUCACAUUAUUGUAAGUAAUCACUUGUCAGUGUUCCAGAUGUAUCUUAGCUAAAACUAGUGAAUGCCCUAACUUAGAUGGUUUUGAAGCCUGUACAUUUGGUAUUGUUUGACCCUUAAACUUUUACAUCUCUUAGCAUGGAGGACGAAGAAAGGCUGUACAUUGUUGCUUGAGAGUCUGUACAUUUAGACCAAAUUGUAUUUACACUGUCAGUAUGGCAAAUGAGUGGAAAAAAAAAAUGUUAAUACACUAUUGGAUUUUUUUAUUUCUUUUUUUGACUCAGCUUGUCCCAGGCUGAAAACCUCAAUUUAUGUUCAUGACAGUGGGGAUUUUUUUUUUUUUUUUUUUAAUGUCUACAUUCUUUCUAAUAAACUGUUGGAAGACUUUUUUGGCUGUCCUUUUAAGUGUCUGGUUUACUGUAAUUUCAUGUAUUACCAUUUACUGGAAUGGAGUUUUUUUAUUUUUACUGAAGGAAGAAUUUGGGAAUAUUCCUCUGGGGGGAAAAAGGCUUGCUGUAAUGUCAGGAAACCUUUUAAAAGUGGAUCUGUAAUAGCAAAUUGUAGAUGCACUUUGCAGCGGUUGGAAAAGAAAGUGUUGUGAUUUGAUUGAAAUAAAACUAAAUGUGUUGUCCUCCUGUAAA